UUUCAAAAUAGCCGUUCAAUAAAAUUUUGAAAAAUUAUAGUUAGAAAAAAAAAACCCAUAUUACGAUCUCUCUCUCUCUCGUCACUGACGCAGAAAAAUUUCAAGCACAGCCUUCUUCUUCUUCUCCUUCUCCUUCAAUCUCAUUAACAACCAAUAAAAUUUUGGGUUUUUUGCGUUGUUUCUACAGUAUUAGAUCUGAUCGUGAAUUUUUUACUUUCACUCUUUUUUUUUUUUAAUUUUAUUUUUUAACCUCUGCACAGAUCUCGUUAUUUCUCUUCGAUUCCAUCUGAAAUUUGGUGGAUUGGAGUUGUGUUUUAGACGAAUAAUUUUUUCAUGUUCUGUUUUGGAUUCGAAUUUUCUUCUCCUGCCUUGUUAAAUAGAUCUUGAAAAUUGGCUCCGCAAAAGCGCUCGCAGCGCCACAUGGGCGGCCAGAUGCAGCAGAGCAAUGCUGCUGCGGCGACCGCUCUGUAUGAUCAUGCCAGCGGUGGGCCUCUGAAUAAUGCAGGCCCCGCAAGCGAUGCUGGCGAUGCGGUCAUGGCACGGUGGCUCCAGUCUGCGGGCUUGCAGCAUCUGGCCUCUCCCUUGGCUACGACGGGCAUCGAUCACCGUCUCCUUCCUAAUCUCCUAAUGCAGGGUUACGGAGCACAAUCUGCUGAAGAAAAGCAGAGGCUUUUCAAGCUAAUGAGAAACCUCAAUUUCAAUGGAGAAUCAGGUUCUGAUCCUUACACACCAACUGCCCAAACUUCAGCUGGUAUGGCUGUAUCAGAUGGUUUUUAUUCUCCAGAGUUCAGGGGUGAUUUUGGAGCUGGCCUUUUAGAUCUUCAUGCUAUGGAUGAUACAGAGCUUCUAUCCGAGCAUGUCAUCUCCGAACCUUUUGAGCCAUCGCCAUUUAUGCCUGGUGGUUCAAAAGGAUUUGAUGACUUAAAUGCAAACCAGCAAAGAGAGCAAAAUAAUCCUGAUCCGUCUGCUCCAUCUACCACUAAUGAAAAGGAGAACAACACUAGGGAAAAUAAUGUGGCUAAAAUUAAAGUUGUGGUACGUAAAAGACCUCUUAACAAGAAGGAGAUUGCUCGAAAGGAAGAUGAUAUUGUAACUGUAUCUGAUAAUGCUUUAACUGUUCAUGAACCCAAGCUAAAGGUGGAUCUGACUGCAUAUGUUGAGAAGCAUGAAUUUUGUUUUGAUGCUGUUCUGGAUCAGCAUGUCAGCAAUGAUGAGGUUUAUCGUGUUACUGUGGAGCCAAUUAUUCCCUUCAUUUUCCAGCGAACAAAAGCUACAUGUUUUGCAUAUGGUCAGACAGGUAGUGGUAAGACGUUCACCAUGCAACCAUUGCCUCUAAGAGCUGUGGAAGACCUUGUUAGAUUGUUGCACCAGCCAGUUUAUCGAAAUCAGAGAUUUAAACUGUGGCUUAGCUUUUUUGAAAUAUAUGGUGGAAAACUCUUUGAUCUUCUCAGUGAUAGAAAGAAACUUUGCAUGAGAGAAGAUGGCCGACAACAAGUUUGUAUUGUUGGCCUGCAAGAAUUUGAAGUUUCUGAUGUACAGAUUGUUAAGGAAUACAUUGAGAAGGGAAAUGCAGCAAGAAGUACAGGAUCUACUGGUGCUAACGAGGAAUCUUCAAGGUCACAUGCUAUCUUACAGCUUGCUGUUAAGAAGCACAGUGAGGUAAAAGACUCCAGGAGGAAUAAUGAUGGGAAUGAGUCUAAAAAUGGAAAAUUGGUUGGGAAAAUUUCUUUUAUUGAUCUUGCUGGUAGUGAACGAGGUGCUGACACCACCGAUAAUGACCGACAAACAAGGAUUGAAGGUGCUGAAAUUAACAAGAGCCUUUUGGCCCUUAAGGAAUGCAUUCGUGCUCUGGACAAUGACCAGAUUCAUAUACCAUUUCGCGGAAGCAAACUCACAGAAGUACUCCGUGACUCCUUUGUUGGAAACUCUAGGACAGUUAUGAUCUCUUGUAUUUCUCCAAAUGCAGGCUCAUGUGAACAUACACUCAAUACUUUGAGAUAUGCAGAUCGGGUUAAAAGUCUUUCAAAAAGUGGAAACCCAAGAAAGGACCAGCCUGUAAAUUCAUUACCUCCAACUAACAAGGAUGUAUCAUCAGCAUCAUCUUUGCCUGCUGAUGUAGAUGAUGUUUUUGAACAACAAGAGGUGAAAGCAGUGGAUACAGGUAGAAAGGUGGUAGAAAAAGAAACUUUUUCUUACAAUCCUACUACUGAUUUUGACAAACAGCCCUCAAGUUUUACUUCAAGUUAUCCCUUGAGUGGACGAGAAGAAAGUGGGUCUUCUGGCUCUGUGGAUAGGGAGAAGAUUGAAAUUAGUAAUUCUUAUUGUGGUUCUACAAGUCAAAAAGUCCAGUCACCAUGCUCCCAAAACUCUGUGGAUACAGAAGAGAAGAUGCAAAAGGUGUCACCACCUCGUAGGAAAGGACCUAGGGAGGAAAAAUCGGAAAAGCUUGGCAACUGGUUGAAAAAGGAUAACAAUGGUUCUGAUCUUCCUUCUACAAACUCUAGGCAGCUGAAUACAGGAAACUACAAUACUGGAUUGCGACAGCAUGAACCUGAUCCUCCUUCAGAUGGGAAUAUCGAUGCCAUACUUGAGGAAGAAGAGGCCCUAAUUGCAGCUCAUAGAAAAGAAAUAGAGGAUACAAUGGAGAUUGUUCGUGAGGAAAUGAAACUGCUCUCAGAAGUUGACCAACCAGGCAGUCUCAUUGAUAGCUACGUGACCCAGUUAAGCUUUGUGCUCUCACGCAAGGCAGCAGGUCUGGUUAGUCUUCAAGCUCGCCUGGCUAGGUUCCAGCAUCGACUAAAAGAACAAGAGAUCCUUAGUCGGAAGAGGGUCCCUCGUUAAUGCAGCAUUUAGUCUGUCCUCUCCAUUGAUGAGAUCUGAUCCUAUCUUUCAUGAGGCAGGGAGCCGUCUUUAGGUUUAACAAGGAUGAUCUGACGCACUACAUGCCAACAGUUGCUGUUCGGUUUUCACAUCCAGGCUUUCUUGCUUUUAGAGUGUGGUGGUGGGCAUUACUGGUGAUAGGUUUGUUAAACGUAUAAUUCUGAUGCAUCUGAUUUGUUGGGUUAAAGUUUGUGUCCUUUCUCCUCUGAAAGUUGUUAAAAAGAUGAUUGGAUUGGAAAGAAAGGGAAAAACAAAAAAUGUGAAAUAUAUAUCUGCAUAAAUCGUGUUGUGAAAUUAUUUUUCUUGCAA